AUGUCUCUUCCCACCGAAUUUGCUGAGCCCGUCAGAUUAGCCUUCAUUGGUGGUACUGGAUUGUACCAUCUUGAGAGUCUGACCCCUGUUGCCAAGCUCACAGUGUCCACUCCAUGGGGCUUCCCUUCGUCUCCAAUCACCAUCUCCAAGACCGCAGAUGGAUUCCCAAUUGCCUUCUUAGCCAGACACGGUAUUCACCAUGACUUGUUACCAACAGAUGUUCCAAGUAGAGCUAACAUUGCUGCCUUGAAGAAACUCGGUGUCAAUACAAUUGUGGCUUUUAGUGCCGUGGGUUCUCUCCAGCAACAUAUUAAGCCCCGUGACUUUGUUGUUCCUAACCAGGUUAUUGAUAGAACCAAGGGAAAUAGACCUUCUACCUUUUUCGAGCAUGGAUUUGUGGCUCACGCUAUGUUUGGAGAGCCUUUUGACCUAAAACUCAACAAAAUCAUCGCUGACACAUGCCAAGACGUGCUCAAAGGUGAUAACGUUAAGUUGCACACCAGAGAAACCGAAAAAUCUGACUUGACCCUGAUUUGUAUGGAAGGACCGGCCUUCUCUACUAGAGCAGAGUCUAGACUGUAUAAGUCGUGGGGAGGAUCUGUGAUUAACAUGUCCUGCAUCCCGGAAUCUAAACUUGCUAGAGAAGCCGAGAUCGCCUACCAGAUGAUCUGUAUGUCCACGGACUAUGAUGCCUGGAACGAGUCUGAGGAACCGGUCACUGUUGAGACGGUUGUGGGUAAUCUGUCUGCCAACAGUGCCAAUGCUCAUCUGGUUGCGGAAAAAUUGGUCACCGUCUUGGAGCCAAAGAUCAAAUCCGGAGAGGUCGGUCUUGACUACCAGCACUCCAUGAAGUUCUCUGUGAGUACCAAGGAGAAGGGAAGAAACAAGCAAUUGCUCGAGAAGAUGCACUACUUGUUCCCGGGAUACUGGCCAUUAAACUAG